GCCCGCCUGCCCGCCCGCAGCACCAGCCGGCCCGGGAGCCGCAGCCCAGGCAGCCAGGCUUUCUCCAACAUAAAUACCCUCCUUGGAACUAAAACCAAAACUUCACUGUCCCUGGAUCACCUAAAGGUAGACCAUUAGGCUCCAUCGCACUGAAUUAACCUGCAUUCAAAGCUGUCUACCUGCAGUAAUUCACUUUGGUUGCAAGUGAACAUGUCUCAAGUUCAAAUUCAGAAUCCAUCUGCUGCUCUCUCAGGGAGCCAAAUAUUGAAUAAGAACCAAUCUCUUUCGCAGCCUUUGAGUAUUCCUUCUACCACUAGUUCUCUGCCCUCUGAAAAUGCAGGUAGACCUCUUCAAAACUCUGCUUUACCUUCUGCAUCUGUUACAUCCACCAGUGCAGCUGCAGCUCCUUCUAACAUGGCAAACCCCAAAGAGAAAACCCCAAUGUGUCUUGUGAAUGAGUUAGCCCGUUUCAACAAGAUUCAGCCUGAGUAUAAGCUUUUGAGCGAGCAAGGUCCAGCUCACUCUAAGGUGUUUACAGUGCAGCUGACUCUUGGGGACCAGCACUGGGAAGCUGAAGGAACUAGUAUUAAAAAAGCUCAACAUGCGGCAGCUGCCAAAGCUUUGGAAGGGACAAAAUUUCCUAAACCUACAGCUCGCCCGUCUCGUAGUGAAGGAAAGAAUCCAGAUAGUGUAACCCCCACAGUGGAGCUAAAUGCUCUUUGCAUGAAGCUGGGAAAGAAACCUAUGUACAAACCUAUUGACCCUUACACAGGGAUGAGAUCUACCUACAACUAUAAUAUGAGAGGUGGUGCUUAUCCUCCACGGUACUUUUACCCAUUUCCUGUUGGACCCUUACUUUAUCAAGUUGAGCUCUCUAUUGGAGGACAGCAGUUUCAUGGGAAAGGAAGAACAAGACAGGCUGCUAAGCAUGAUGCAGCUGCUAAAGCACUGAAAAUUCUGCAAAAUGAGCCCCUGCCUGAGAAACCAGAGGUUAAUGGAAAAGAAUCAGAUGAUGAAAAUCUCAAUAAAUCUGAAAUAAGUCAAGUGUUUGAGAUUGCCCUUAAAAGGAACUUGCCUGUGAAUUUUGAGUUUUUCCCUCUGAAACAGGUGACAAAGGAAAGUGGUCCUCCCCAUAUGAAGAGCUUUGUAACCAAGGUGUUCGUUGGAGAAUUUAUGGGUGAAGGUGAAGGAAAGAGCAAGAAGAUCUCAAAGAAAAAUGCUGCAAUAGCGGUCCUAGAGGAACUGAAAAAACUGCCACCUCUUCCUAUGGUUGAGAAAAUGAAGCCACGAAUCAAAAAGAAAACAAAAUCAAUAGUGAAGCUGCAAACAAGCCCAGAAUAUGGCCAAGGAAUGAAUCCCAUUAGCAGACUUGCUCAGAUACAGCAGGCCAAAAAAGAGAAGGAGCCAGAGUACAUGCUCAUCACAGAACGUGGUCUUCCAAGGCGCAGGGAGUUUGUUAUGCAGGUGAAAGUUGGCAUGCACACAGCUGAAGGAAUGGGUACGAACAAGAAAGUGGCUAAACGCAAUGCGGCUGAAAACAUGCUGGAGCUUUUAGGUUUCAAAGUCCCCCAACCUCAACCCCCAAAGCCAGCACUAAAGACAGAAGAGAAGACGCCAGUAAAGAAACCAGGCGAUGGAAGAAAAGUAACCUUCUUUGAACCAGGCACUGAAGAAACUUCAGCUAGUAAUAAAGAUGAUGAGUUUAGGAUGCCUUAUCUCAGCCAUCAGCAGCUUCCUGCUGGAAUUCUUCCCAUGGUCCCAGAGGUUGCACAAGCUGUAGGAGCCAAUCAAGGACACCACACCAAAGAGUUCAACAGGGCAGCCCCUAAUCCUGCCAAGGCUACAGUAACAGCCAUGAUUGCUAGAGAGCUGUUAUAUGGUGGUACAUCUCCUACUGCUGAGACCAUAUUGAAGAAUAACAACUCAUCAGGCUAUGUACCCCACGGACCACUCACUAGGCCCUCUGAACAAUUGGACUAUCUUUCCAGUGUUCAGGGAAUCCAGGUGGAAUACAAAGACUUUCCAAAAAAUAACAAGAACGAGUUUGUAUCUCUUAUAAACUGUUCCUCUCAGCCACCACUGAUCAGCCAUGGAAUUGGAAAGGAUGUAGAAUCUUGCCAUGAUAUGGCUGCACUGAACAUUUUAAAGUUGCUGUCUGAGUUGGACCAACAAAGUACAGAGAUGCCACGACAAGGAAAUGGACCAAUGUCUGUAUGUGUGAAACAAGAAAUGGAAAGUGACCCUCUCCUCAAACCGGCUAACUCAAACACUUUGGGACAAACACUGGACAGCACUGCCUGAAAAGGCUUUUGACUGGACCCAAACCUGAAAGCACCAGAGAAAAUCAAAUGCUUCCUAUUAAUGUAACCUAACUGUUUUAGAGUACUACAGUCUUUCCAACCUACUGUAGUAUCUAAAUCAUAACCGUUGCUUUUUCUUCAAAGUGAUAAAUUUUUAGUUUCAUGAUACUGUUUUGAUUGAAAUGACACUAUAAAUUUUUCAUUUAAAAGUUUCUUAAUUGUAUCUAGAACAAUAGCACAGUUUAGAAACUUUGUCUUCUGAGACUGAUGUUAUCUGUGAACUAACUUGGGAAGAUCAUAUCCAUGUAUGUGGUUAUUUUGUUUUUAUUGAAAUAGCAAAGUUUCAUUGGAAACAAAUUGUGUGCCCUCCAUUUAAUAAUAAUAAAAAAAAAAGUCAAGGACUUUGGCAAACUUAACUUAAUUCUCAAAACGGUUGUAUGAAUUAAACAUUUUAGGAAUUUUAAACUUUGAUUUUUUUGGUUAAUUUCUAGUUUUCUUGAGGGGGAUGGGGGGACUUGAAUGCAACAGGAGUUUAAAUAAUCUCUGAUCUAUGUUUUAAAGAUUGUGUGUGUGUAUAUAUAUAUAUAUAUAGUGGCACACAACUCACUACAUUACAGGAUAUGAUCUCAAUGUAGUGCAUAUAAAACUGCAGAUUGAUUUUCCUUGAGUGCUUUAUACUGUUUAAUUACAUCUCCAUGUAGGGCUGAAAAAAAUUACCUAUGUUUAUAUAUAAACUGUGUUGCUUUUGAUGUUGUGUUAUUGCGCACAAUUCUGUGUGCAAUAAGUUUUUUGCAUAUGGUCCAGGUAAAGCACGAUAGCCUUGCAAGUUAAGUACUGCUUCAGUUCAUUGUUUACGCUGGAAUUUUUUCUCCCCAUGGAAUGUAAGUAAAACGUAGUGUUUGUCUCAAAUAAAUGGUAAUACUAAAAAAAUUUUGGUUAAUUUAUUCUUGUAUGCCAUUACUGGGGCUCCUUUUUGAUAGGAUUUGUAAUGCUUGUGAUAUAGUACGGGCUGUAAUGUAAAACUAUGAAGUAACUGUACAAUGGUUAAUCAAUAACCUAUAAAUAACUACUUUUUAGUAAUGUGGAGGUUGUGACAAACUGGCUAGGUCAAGGAAAUUCAAAAGUAAUAUGGGUACACUCUGUCUUUGGUGCCACAAUGUCUAGCUUAAAUACAUUAAUGGGAGUCUUACAAAAUUAUAACAUGAUUUUGAAAAGCAACAUGGCAUAGCAGGUUGAAAUGAUAUCAAUACUUAGAUCUCUACUUUUAAGUUUUCUUGCUUGCUUGUAAUUUGUGUCAUAAUCUUAGCUUUGCACAGAGUAAUUUUUUGGGGGUACUACUUAAACACCCAAAACCUUCCCUCUAGCAGCAAGAAUUGGCACCAUAGACUGACACAUAACAGUGUAACAUUUGGAUGUGAACUACCUUAAAUGUAUAUUUAACUGGUACCCUGUAGCAGCUCUUCCUAAAUAUCUACAUGCAGUAUGUGAAGUAAAUGUUCUUCUGAAAAGCAGUUACUGCACAUGCUGUUUAUUCAAAGUUAAAUGUCUCGGCCAUAUUAAACCUUAUUUUGUUCACAUUAUUAAGCAAUUGGGCCAUACUAACUGCUUACCAAAUUUUUAUUAAAUCAAAGUUGUUUUUGAUCAUUAUAAGUGCAAAAAGCAUUGUAAAGUUUUUUUACAUUUGUAGAACUAAAAUGCUGU